UCGGGCGGACUGAGGAUUCUGGGCGUCCAUCCUCUGAGCUGCCGGACCGCGCGGACGGCGAGAGAAGAACCCUCCAAGACCAGUUGCGCUUCUGGAAACCAGGAGUCGUCGAGCAGAACCAGAAGAGAGUGCACCUGCAGAACAACCCAAACCAGGUGAACAGCUGCGCUCAAAGCAACCAUGUCAGAAGCAGACAAGUUUCUGUACGGGGACCGCAGUGCGGUGAACAACCCCAUGGCUCAGGCCGACUGGGCGACCAAGAAGCUGGUGUGGGUCCCCUCAGAGAAGGUGGGCUUCGAGUCCGGGUCUGUCAAGGAGGAGCUGGGAGAUGAGUGUGUGGUGGAGCUGACCGACUCUGGCAAGAAGGUGAAGGUAAACAAAGAUGACAUUCAGAAGAUGAAUCCGCCCAAGUUUAACAAGGUGGAGGACAUGGCGGAGCUCACAUGUCUGAACGAGGCCUCGGUGCUGCACAACCUCAAGGAGAGAUACUACUCUGGACUCAUCUAUACGUACUCGGGUCUCUUCUGUGUGGUGGUCAACCCCUACAAGUACCUGCCCAUCUACACAGAGGAGAUAGUCAACAUGUACAAGGGAAAGAAGAGACAUGAGAUGCCGCCGCACAUCUAUGCCAUCACAGACACGGCCUACCGGAGCAUGAUGCAGGACCGCGAGGACCAGUCCAUUCUGUGCACUGGUGAAUCUGGAGCAGGGAAAACCGAAAACACAAAGAAGGUCAUUCAGUACCUUGCUCAUGUCGCCUCGUCUUUCAAGUCUAAGAAGGAUCAGGGCCUCGCAGUUUUGUCACAUGGAGAGCUGGAGAAGCAGCUGCUGCAGGCAAACCCCAUCCUGGAGGCUUUUGGGAACGCCAAGACGGUUAAGAACGACAACUCCUCAAGAUUUGGAAAGUUCAUCAGGAUCAACUUUGAUGUCAACGGAUACAUCGUGGGAGCAAACAUCGAAACUUAUCUGCUGGAGAAAUCCCGAGCCAUCAGACAAGCAAAGGAGGAGAGAAGCUUCCAUGUCUUCUACUACAUGCUGACUGGAGCUGGAGAGAAACUACGGUCUGAGCUUUGCUUGGAAGAUUACAGCAAGUACCGUUUCAUCUCAAGUGGAAACAUGACCAUCCCUGGCCAGAAUGACAGUGAUCUGUUCACUGAGACCAUGGAGGCUUUUCAAAUCAUGGGGAUCCCUGAGGAGGAGAGAAUUGGCUUGCUGAAGGUCGUGUCUGCAGUUCUACAGCUGGGAAAUAUGACCUUUAAGAAGGAGCGCAACUCUGACCAAGCUUCCAUGCCUGACGACACCGCUGCCCAAAAAGUGUGCCACCUGCUGGGAAUCAAUGUGACAGACUUCACCCGUGCCAUUCUGUCUCCCAGGAUCAAAGUUGGAAGGGACUAUGUCCAGAAGGCCCAGACUCAGGAGCAGGCAGAGUUUGCUGUCGAGGCUCUGGCCAAAGCUUCCUAUGAGCGCAUGUUCCGCUGGCUGGUCAUGAGAAUCAACAAAGCUCUGGACAAGACCAAGAGACAAGGGGCGUCCUUCAUCGGCAUCUUGGACAUUGCUGGGUUUGAGAUCUUCGAGCUGAACUCGUUUGAGCAGCUCUGCAUCAACUACACCAAUGAGAAGCUGCAGCAGCUCUUCAACCACACCAUGUUCAUCUUGGAGCAGGAGGAAUACCAGAGGGAGGGCAUUGACUGGAGCUUCAUUGACUUUGGACUUGACCUACAGCCUUGCAUUGACCUCAUUGAAAAACCUGCUGGUCCUCCUGGUAUUCUGGCUCUGUUGGAUGAGGAGUGCUGGUUCCCAAAAGCCACAGACAAGAGCUUUGUGGAGAAAGUUGUUCAGGAGCAGGGGGCGCACCCCAAGUUUCAGAAACCCAAGAAACUCAAGGAUGAUGCUGAUUUCUGUAUCAUCCACUACGCUGGGAAGGUGGACUACAAAGCCGACGCUUGGUUGAUGAAAAACAUGGAUCCUCUGAACGAAUGUGUGGCCACUUUACUCAAUCAGUCGACAGACAAGUUCACAUCUGAUCUAUGGCGAGACAUGGAUCGGAUUGUCGGCCUGGAUAAAGUGGCUGGGAUGUCUGACUCAUUGCACGGUGCCUUCAAAACCAGGAAAGGCAUGUUCCGAACUGUGGGUCAGCUGUACAAGGAACAGCUCGGUAACCUGAUGACCACCCUUCGAAACACCAACCCCAACUUUGUCCGCUGCAUCAUCCCCAACCAUGAGAAAAAGGCUGGGAAACUGGAAUCUCACCUGGUUCUCGAUCAACUCAGGUGUAACGGAGUGCUUGAGGGGAUUAGAAUCUGCCGACAAGGUUUCCCCAAUCGUAUUGUCUUCCAGGAGUUCAGACAGAGGUAUGAAAUCCUCACCCCAAAUGCCAUCCCCAAAGGCUUCAUGGAUGGAAAAAAGUCUUGUGUCCUCAUGAUCAAAGCCCUGGAGUUGGACCCCAACCUGUACAGAAUCGGCCAGAGCAAGGUGUUUUUCCGGGCCGGCGUGCUGGCUCACCUGGAGGAGGAGAGGGACAUGAAGAUCACAGAUGUCAUCAUCAGCUUCCAAGCCUGGUGCCGCGGAUAUGUGGCCCGCAAAGCCUUUGCUAAGAGACAACAGCAGCUGAUGGCCAUGAAAGUGAUCCAGAGGAACUGCGCUGCUUACCUCAAGCUGAGGAACUGGCAGUGGUGGAGACUUUUCACCAAGGUGAAGCCUUUGUUGCAAGUGACCCGGCAGGAGGAGGAGAUGGUGGCUAAAGAGGAAGAACUGGCAAAGGUGAAGGAAAAAGAACAGCAGGCCCAGGAGCAACUCCAAGAGUAUGAGGCCAAGCAACAACAGCUCAAUGCUGAGAAGUUGGCUCUUCAAGAGCAGCUUCAAGCUGAAACGGAGCUGUGCGCUGAGGCUGAGGAGAUGAGAGCUCGUCUGGCCACCAAGAAGCAGGAGCUGGAGGAGACCCUGAAUGAAAUAGAGUCUCGUCUGGAAGAGGAAGAAGAACAUGUCGUCCAGCUGAAUGCAGAGAGAAAGAAGAUGCAGCAGAACAUCACAGAACUGGAGCAGCAGCUUGAUGAGGAGGAAGCAGCCAGACAGAAGCUUCAGAUCGAGAAGGUCACCACAGACGCGAAGCUGAAGAAGAUGGAAGAGGACAUCAUGGUGCUGGACGACCAGAACAACAAGCUCAACAAGGAAAAGAAACUGUUGGAGGACAGGAUUUCAGAGUUCACCACCAACUUGACUGAAGAGGAGGAGAAGUCCAAAAGUCUGCAGAAGCUCAAGAAUAAACAUGAAGCCAUGAUCACUGAUUUAGAAGAUCGCCUGAGGAAAGAGGAGAAGUCGCGUCAAGAGUUGGAAAAGAAUCGCCGCAAACUGGAGGGUGAUUCCACCGAGCUCCACGACCAGAUCGCAGACCUUCAGGCUCAGAUUGAAGAACUUCGUGCACAACUGGCGAAGAAGGAGGAGGAACUCUUGACUGCUCUUGCAAAGAUUGAGGAAGAAGCGGCUGCAAAGAACACAGCCCAUAAGAAGAUCAGGGAGCUGGAAGCGCAGAUCUCUGAGCUGCAGGAGGAUCUGGAGCUCGAGAGACAGGCGCGCAACAAAGCUGAAAAACAGCGAAGGGACCUAAGUGAAGAGCUGGAGGCUCUUAAGACCGAGCUGGAGGACACUUUGGACUCCACUGCAGCGCAGCAGGAGCUCAGGAGUAAACGUGAAACAGAAGUGGCUCAGCUGAAGAAGACUCUGGAGGACGAAGCCAAAGUUCAUGAGCAGCAGAUGGCUGACAUGAGACAGAAACAUAACCAGGCUUUUGAUGAGCUCAACGAACAGCUGGAGCAAGCCAAAAGGAACAAGGUGUCAGUGGAGAAGUCUAAACAGGCCCUAGAGAGCGAAUGGAACGAGCUGCAGAUCGAGCUGAAGACUCUAACACAGGGUAAAUCCGACUCUGAACAUCGACGCAAGAAGGCAGAGACUCAGGUUCAAGAGCUGCAGGUUAAAUUCGGAGAAAGUGAACGACAGCGCCAAGAACUGGCCGACAAGAUGACAAAGACGCAGGCGGAGCUGGAUAACGUGAGCAGCCUCUUAAGUGAAGCUGAAGGCAAAAACAUCAAAUGCAGCAAAGACUUUUCUUCAGUGGAGUCUCAGCUGCAGGAUGCACAGGAGUUGCUCCAGGAGGAGACUCGUCAGAAGCUGUCCCUCUCCACUCGCCUACGACAGAUGGAGGAUGAGCAGAACAACCUGCGAGAGAUGCUGGAGGAAGAGGAGGAGAGCAAGAGGAACGUGGAGAAGCAGGUUUCCACUCUGCAGGCUCAGAUGGCUGAGAUGAAGAAGAAGCUAGAAACUGAGAGUUCAGCACUAGAGGGCGCUGAAGAGGGCCGCAAGAAAGUACAGCGUGAGCUGGACAGCCUGACGCAACAGCUGGAGGAGAGGACUGCCGCCUAUGACAAGCUGGACAAAACCAAAACUCGCUUGCAGCAGGAGCUGGAUGACCUCAUGGUGGACCAGGAUCACCUGCGGCAGAUUGUCUCCAACUUGGAGAGAAAGCAGAAGAAGUUUGAUCAGAUGCUCGCUGAAGAGAAGACCAUUUCGACUCAGUAUGCUGAGGAGCGUGACAAGGCCGAGGCAGACUCCAGGGAGAAGGAAACCAGAGCUCUAAAUCUUGCCCGUGACCUGGAGACGAUGACAGACCUGAAGGAUGAGCUUGAUCGGACCAAUAAGUUGCUCAAGGCUGAGAUGGAAGACUUGGUCUCCUCCAAAGAUGAUGUUGGCAAGAGUGUUCAUGAGCUGGAGAGGUCCAAGCGUGCCAUGGAGCAGCAGCUGGAGGAGAUGAAAGUUCAGCUGGAGGAGCUGGAGGACGAGCUGCAGGCCACUGAGGACGCCAAACUGCGUCUGGAGGUCAACAUGCAGGCCAUGAAAACCCAGUUUGAUCGAGACCUGCAGGCCAGAGAUGAACAGGGAGAGGAGAGGAGGAAGCAGUUGGUCAAACAGGUGCGUGAGAUGGAACUUGAGCUGGAAGAAGAACGCAGGCAGCGCUCCCAAGCUCUGUCAUCCAGGAAGAAACUGGAAAUGGACUUGUCCGAGCUGGAGCAGCAGAUUGAUGCUGCCAACAAAGGCAGGGACGAUGCCUACAAACAGCUGAAGAAACUGCAGGCUCAGAUGAAAGAACAGAUGAGGGAGCUUGAGGAGCUUCGUUUGUCCAGGGAUGAAGCCUGCAAUGCCACUCGGGAGGCUGAGAAGAAGCUGAAGACCAUGGAGGCAGAUGCACUGCAGUUCCAAGAGGAUCUAGGCACAGCAGAGAGGCUGAAGCGUCAGGCCCAGACAGAGAGGGACGAGCUCCAAGAAGAAAUCACCAACAGCAACAGCAAAAACACCAUGUUGACUGAUGAGAAGAGAAGGCUGGAGGCUAGAAUCAGUCAGCUGGAGGAAGAGCUGGAGGAGGAGCAGCUGAACACGGAGAUGGUCAACGACCGUCUGAAGAGAACCACGCUGCAGACGGAGCAGCUGACCACUGAGCUUGCUGGAGAGCGCAGCACGUCUCAGCGCCUGGAGGGCACUCGAGCCCAACUUGACCGGCAGAAUAAGGAGCUGAAGCUGAAGCUGCAGGAGCUGGAAGGAACCAUCAAGUCCAAAUACAAAUCCUCCAUUGCCACACUGGAGGCCAAGAUCCUUCAGCUGGAGGAGCAGCUGGACAUCGAGUCAAAGGAGCGCCAGCAGGCCAGCAGACAGGCCAGACGUACCGAGAAGAAGCUGAAGGAGGUGCUGCUUCAAGUUGAGGAUGAGAGACGGAACACAGAGAACUUUAAAGAUCAGGCGGACAAGACAAACAGCCGCAUGCGGCAGCUGAAGCGUCAGCUGGAGGAGACCGAGGAGGAGCUGACCCGAGCCAACGUCUACCGCAGGAAGCUCCAGAGGGAACUGGACGAUGCCACCGAGUCGGCAGACGUGAUGAACCGGGAAGUCAGCAACCUCAAGAGCAAACUCAGGCGCGUGGACCUGCCCUACAACAUGAGGCGCACGGUCAACCGCACAGGCCUGGACAGCGAUGAGGAAGGAGAUCUGCCUGCAGAGCCAUCAGAACCUGCAGCAGAGUGAGCAGAACUGCGCCAAGAAGAAAGAGAAAUCAUGAGCAUGAAAGCCAUAAGUGACAGCCUCUGCUGUCUUUUAUCCGCCUCUUCACACUGUCGUCUUUGACCUCUGUACAUGGUUUGUGGGCUGUUUUCUACUGAUGGAGUUGAUUUGGUUUUACUGGUACAAUUGAACUGCUGUUGCAAAUUUGGGGGAAUCUUCAAACACGAUGCAGGUUUUGCACAGAUCAACUGUGGGAGGUUUCACUCGGUCUUGGGGGACAGGUCAUUUUGGGGUUAUCUUGGUCCCUCGUCCCAAAACUGCACAAAGCCUGAACAGAUACACUGGUGGGGAAAUGAUGUUCUGUGAGUGUUUGAAUGUUGCUGGUGGUGGGUCGUUGCACAGAAACCCCCUACACUGCAGGUGCUCUGUGUUCUUGAAGCACUUCCCGUGGUCACAUCACUGCUGUACUGUUAAACCUUUAGUCUGAGAACUGUUUUAUUGCUGCUCUGGAUUUUAACCACUGCUUUACUUCCUGGAAUCAAACAUUAAAUGCAAUUUAUCUCU